AUGACGGAUGCUUGCAGAAGAUCCUCCAUUUUGGGUCAGUCAUACAAUUCUCUCUACGUCAAUCCUCUUACUGAACUCAGGCACAGCCGUAGCUGCAGCGACAGUGGCAGCUUAGCUUCCAAAUGUGACAAAUGUGAAGAUUUCACGCCCAGAGAAGUCUCAACUGAUAAUAAAGAGAAUGUCACGCCCAAGAAGAAAGAUGUAACUCGCUUUUGUGACAAGGAAAAUUCAGUGCCUGCAAAUGGGUCAUAUUCUUUGCCUAAACACUUCUCAAAGUCCAAGUCUUUAUCCACAGAUAGGAUUUUGAAGCCAAACUCGCUUCAGUUCUGUAUGCGAAUGAACGAACCUGAAAAGGCUUUUGGGUGCAAGAUAUGGGAUAAUUUAUGUUCUGAGAAUUCGAGCUCUUUAAAGAUUUGGGAUUUCUCUGGUUCAGAGGCAGCCCCAGCUUCCUCCUGGUCAACCUUGCCCAAUAAGUCUUUGAUCUGUAGACCGUUGCCCAUAGAUAUUGGGAGGUGUUCUUGCAUCGUUGUAAAGGAAGCAAAGCCAGAAGGACUAUCUGGGGGCGCAAUGUAUUCGCUUUAUACUUAUGAAGGUCAGGGUCGCCAGAAUAGGAAACUAGCUGUUGCUUACCACAAGAGGCGGAAUGGGAGGUCUCAGUUCAUUGUAGCUCAGAAUGUAAAAGGUCUCUUGUCCAAUUCAGACGAUAGUUUCCUUGGAACAGUAACGGCUAACCUCAUGGGUUCUAAAUACCAUAUUUGGGAUCAGGGAUAUCGUCAUAAUUCACAUGAUAAACAGCCAAAACCGCCUCUUGCUGUUGUGAUGUUUAUACCUACAGCAGCAACAUGUACAGGAAGCUACAGAAGCAUGAGAGCAUAUGUACCCAAGCAUCAAUCUAUGUCACUAAAGAACAUUACCCAGGUACAACAUAUCAAAGGACUGCCCAUAGAUUGGGAGAGAAAGUUCGACAAAGUCCAUCAACUGUUCUCAAGGGUUCCACUUUACAACAAGACUUCAAAGCAGUUUGAACUUGACUUUAAAGAUAAAGGAAGAGCAGAACUUAGAAUCCAAAGAUCGGUAAAAAAUUUCCAACUGACUUUGGAGGAGAAUGGGAAGCAGACAAUUCUUCAACUGGGUAGAGUAGGAAAAUCAAAAUUUGUUAUGGAUUACAGAUAUCCUUUGACGGGUUACCAGGCGUUCUGCUUAAGUUUAGCUUCCAUUGAUACCAAGCUCUGUUGCUCUGUGUAGUGAGAAUUCUCUGCCACAAUGUUUAGUUCAACCUCUGAACAGACAGUGGCUUCUUGCUCUCUCCUUUUGCCCCCUUCUUGAGGGUAAGAACAGAAAAUGGAAAUCGAUGUCCGGACAAAUUAUGCCUCCUAAUUGAAUGCAUCAUAGUUCUAAAGAAAAUGAAUAUUUUGGAAGAGUUCAAGUGGCAUUUGGAUCUCUCAUUAAGAAGUUUUGAAGAUUUAGACAAUUAGGUAGAAAGUCAAGUUUUGCUGCAAGAAUGUGAAAAAUCCACUGUUUUCAAGAUGUGGUGAAGUUAGAGUUCUAUCAUUAUAUUGCGUUUUUCAGUUGUUUCAGUUCAGAAGCCUUGUUUUAUGUAGCCUACUUGUGGUGAAGUUAGGCUCUAUCUUUGCCAAAAGAAAAUGGGGGAUUUUCACUUUGCAUAAUUAAAUUUUGAAGCACAAUGCUUUUAUUCUGUUGAGAUCUUCAAUGCAAAUUGCAAAGCGCCCCUCCUUUAGACCCUUUUAGUGUACAAAGAUAUCCUAUUUUUGUUGCAAGC